CCGCCCCUGCCCCGCCUCAAGCCGGCGGGAAGGCGGGGUCAGCUCGCCCGAGGGCCCCGAAAAAGAGCGGAUGCGGCGGCAGGCGCUUCCUUUCCUUCACUUUUGGCCCUCCGACCGGCCAUGGCUCCCGCCGGCGACCGCACCGGCUACUGGGGCCCGCCGACGUCCACCCUCGACUGGUGCGAGGAGAACUACGUCGUGUCCUUCUACAUCGCCGAGUUCUGGAACACCGUUAGCAACUUGAUUUUCAUUCUCCCUCCCAUCUAUGGUGCAAUCCAGAGUUACAAAGAUGGCCUUGAGAAGCGCUACAUAAUGGCCUACUUGUGUGUCACAGCCGUGGGCCUGGGCUCCUGGUGCUUCCACAUGACACUGAAGUAUGAAAUGCAGCUGUUGGACGAGCUGCCCAUGAUCUACAGUUGUUGCGUUUUUGUCUACUGCUUGUACGAAUGCUUCAAACACAAGAACACAAUCAACUACCCUCUUCUCUUUCUACUACUAGCCUACAGCAUUGGCGUCAGCAUAGUCUACCUAAACUGGAAGCAGCCUGUGUUCCAUCAGGUUAUGUAUGGGACAUUGGUCACUGUUCUAGUCUUACGCUCGGUGUAUAUAGUGUUAUGGGUUUACCCUUGGCUCCGAGGGUUGGGAUACACAUCCCUGACUAUUUUUUUGCUGGGCUUCCUCCUUUGGAACGUAGACAACAUUUUCUGCGAGAAAUUGCGGUAGGUGAAUUUGGGGGGGAGGGCUUUUCCGUCCACUUCUGUCUGGUAGCGUUUAGUGUCAGGAUUCCAGCAGUGCCUCCAAUUAAAUUAUGAUUUAUAUUCCCGGACGCUUUACCUGAAAUACAGGCCAAAGGUCAAGUUCCUCUUUGGGAUUUGGCCUGUUCUCCUAGUAGAAUCAACGAAGAAGCCCUAAGAAGCGACAGGUCCAAGAAGGAAAACAGCCUCCAGACCUUUGACUGUACCCUGGGAAGCUUUUGGCACUACC